UCAGCAAUAAAUGAUUUAGCCAAUGGAAAACACCCACAGAGGUGCUACAAACCACCCCAGCAACACUCAGAGAACAUACAGUUACAUCCACUCUAACAGUUACAUCAAACCAUCCUCCACUGACCUCCCUGACUUCUGGAACUUUCAUCAGAAAUUCAACAAGUUCAAGCAAAGACAACCUCCCGUCUCCUACCCGGUUAAAAAGAAUCAACUAGGAGUUCCCUCCACUUUCAAUACUGACCACACUGUACCUUUUGUAUGUAUAUCUAACAGAGAAGAGGAUGACAAGCAGAAAUCAGAGCAGUUCCACGAGGCUCUACGGCAUUAUGUUCAGUUUAAAACUAAACAGACUUUCAAGAAGAUAACAAAACAGAUUGAGUAUCAGAAGGAGCUCCCAAUUUACAAGUUUAAGGAUGAGAUAAUAAGAACUGUGAACAGCAACCCUAUAACUAUUAUCGCAGGUGACACAGGCUGUGGUAAAAGUACCCAAGUCCCGCAGUACUUCCUAGAAUGUGGCUACCAGAGUGUAGCGUGCACUCAGCCCCGUCGUAUAGCGUGCGUCUCUCUCGCUACUCGCGUCAGCCAGGAGACCUUUAAUAAGUACGGACAGGAUAUUGGAUACCAGGUGAGAUUCGACCAAAUGUUGUACUCAAACACGAAACUAAGAUUCCUGACAGAAGGUCUGUUGCUCCGACAGCUACAGAACGACACUGAACUUCACGCCUACGAUCUCAUUAUCCUUGAUGAGGUACACGAAAGGCAUUUACACGGUGAUUUGCUGCUUGGUAUAUUAAAGGGGAUCGUUGAGCGACGACCUGAGAUAAGAGUGGUGCUUAUGAGCGCUACCAUGAAUCUCGAGCUCUUUAAAACAUACUUACCAGACUCUCCUCUGAUAACGGUUCCAGGGAGAAUGCACCCGGUUGAGAUGAGAUAUUGUCCUACUCAUGAGACUGCAACGGAUAAACCAACCUCCGCUAAGAUAAAUCCUAAACCCUACCUCAUCAUCUUGCAACUCAUUGACACCAGGUACACGAAGGAAGAGCGAGGAGACUUGCUCAUAUUUGCUAGUGGGUUUGCUGAGAUAAUGACGUUAGCGGAGGCAAUCACAGAGUACGAUGCUGAACAAGGCAAGUGGGCGGUUUUGCCACUACACAGCUCCCUAUCAGUAGAGGAACAGCAGAAAGUGUUCGACUACCCGCCCCCCGGUGUGAGAAAAUGUAUUAUCUCUACAAAUAUUGCGGAGACCUCCCUUACUAUUGAUGGGGUCAGAUUCAUUAUUGACUCAGGUAAGUUCAAGGAGAUGGCGUAUGACGCUAACAAGAAGUUACAGAGGUUGCAGGAGUUCUGGGUGAGUAAAGCGAGUGCGGAGCAGAGAAAAGGAAGAGCUGGGAGGACUGGACCUGGAGUCUGCUUCAGGUUAUAUUCAGAGGAGGAUUUCGCCGCCUUCGCUGACUACCCGACCCCUGAGAUACUGAGAGUUCCCCUGGACUCGCUAAUCUGCAGGUUUAGUUUGGCUAGUAUGGGACUGGAUAUAAGAACAUUCCUGUUUGUCCAACAUCCUCCUGCUACGAACCUAAACGAGAGUCUAUCCUUCCUGCAACUACAGGGCGCCCUUAAGUCAGAGAAUGAGUUGAGUUCAAUUGGAGAAGUACUGGCUCGCCUCCCAGUGGAAGUAGCCCUGGGUAAACUACUGUUGAGUGCUGCUGUUAUGGGGGUCUUGGAGCCAGCUCUCACUAUUGCAGCUGGGCUCAAUAUCCAGUCGGUGUUCAACAAAAGUAACUGUAGAGGUGAAGAACUGCAGAUCAGAUCACUGUUGGAGUCAGGAAAAGGAGACCUCGUCACUCUCCUCAAUAUCUACGAAGAGUGGUCGCAGAAAAAGUCCGAAGGAGUCAAUACAAGGAAAUGGUGUAAGAAAAGAGGGCUGAAAGAGCAACAGCUGUACGAGAUGAGCAAAUUGAGGCGACAAUUUAGAGACAUUCUCAGAGACCAUCUCAAUCUGGCGACCCCCCAAGAAACCCUAGACUCUGAAAAGGUGCUGGCAAUCCGCCGAGCAAAGUGGAAGAAGCGACUGGAGGAACCAGCUAGGAAGAUGUUGAAGGUUUCUCACUGCAAGAACCGAGCAGGAGACGAGUCUGAAGAAGAACUGUCAGAUAAGGAGGAGGACAACAUCUCAUCUAUGGAGUACUUCCUGACGAACCCUCAACCUAACCUGGAUCUAUCCGGACAUGUCCGGGACACUCUUAACUUCGUGUCCGUGUUCGGACUUUACCCCAACAUUGCUACAUCGGACCAGCACAACUCGGAGAAGAAACCGUCAGACUUCAUCUUCCACACUCAAAGGAAGAACUUUGUAGUGCUCCACCCUAACUGCAUCUUUAACACUCUACACGAAGACUUGUAUCCUAGCAACAAACAAUCAGAACAGCUCCUCGCUUACAGUACUCUCCUGGAAACUAACAAACCUUAUCUUACUAACGUUACUAGGAUACAGGGACUCACCACCGCACUACUUAUGUGCAAGGAAGUAUCUACUAACGGUGAUUGUACCGAUAUAGUGUGUGAUAUGUGGCUCAGAUUCACUCUCAAGACCUCUAUAGAGGACCUCAUCCACAAAGCUGUUAAGAUCCGUCAGAAGUGGAGUUCUAUGGUUGCUGACGUCCUUAACCACAGAAUUACCGACCCCCGAGAGUUCUCCAAGAGACAGAAGCGGUUCCAGAAGGCCCUCUCCUCCUUCUUACGUACUGACGUUGUGUACACGUUACGUGUAGUGAGAAGCACAGAGCUCUCAGGGCUGGUGAGAUAUGAACAUGCCGUGAAGCUGGACGAUAACAUCACCAUCAACUCUGUGCAGGACUCUGGAUCGUCGGAGAUGGAGGUUUACCUAAAACGAGCGUGGACUUGUAAACUGUGUGGCACCUCUGGUUUAUUCAGUCUAGCGGAGAAAAGUGAGCAUCUGGCUAAGUGCCAGGAUGAGGAGGAGGAAGAUUCAUUGAGGAAGAUAGAGGAUGAGGAGAAGAAGGAAGAGUCAGCAAUUGCCAUGGAGACAGCGCGCACUCGCAAGAUACCGACUAAAGAGUAUAGUUGUGAGCAUUGCGGAGAAAUGUUCCAGUUUACUAAUGUAGAAAUAUUAAGACACAUCAGAGAACACGAUACCAAACCAUCGUGACGUAUCAGAAAAAAAACCUUAUCAAAUUAUAGAU